GACCUUCACCCGGCAAACUGGUUAAUUAGUGCACGCCCUACAGCCUCCGGCGAAAAUUGUCACCAUGCUCGAGUCGAUUGUGCUAAGUAUAAAAACUGGUGCAGCGCCGACUCAAUCAUAGUCAAACUUCGACAAUCGCACCAAUAACAAUGGCAGCUAAGUUCUUCGCCGUCCUCGCCCUGGCCGCGGUCGCCUCCGCUCUCCCCGUGGUGCCAGUCGCCAAGCUGGCAUACGCCGAGCCCGAAGCCCCCGCCCACUAUGACUUCCAAUACUCCGUCCAUGACGAGCAUACUGGUGACAUCAAGCAGCAGCAAGAAUCCCGCGCCGGAGACGCUGUCCACGGCUCCUACUCCCUCGUUCAACCUGACGGUGUCCAUCGCAUCGUGGAGUACACUUCUGACCACGCUUCCGGUUUCAACGCUAUCGUCCGUUAUGAAGGCACCCCAAUUCACGCGCCAGCUCCCGCCAAGAUCGCAUACGCCGCUCCCGUAGCUAAGCUCGCAUACGCCGCUCCCGUCGCCAAAGUAGCGUACGCUUCCCCCGUGUCCUACGCUGCCCCAGUCGCCAAGGUAGCCUACUCUUCUCCCAUUUCCCACGUGUCAUACGCGCCCGUCGCCAAGGUCGCCUACUCCGCUCCUUCCUACAGCGCCGCUCCUCUUACUCAAGUCUCCUUCUCGUCCCCGGCUAUCUCCUACCACCAUUAGACGCUUUUUAAUUUAUUUA